CUUCUUAGCUUUAUAACUCAAUCAUUUCUUCAUAAUCGUUAUUAUUGUAACCAAUGAUGGAUUAUGUUAUUUCUCGAAUUUAGACUUAUAUAGGGUUUGAAAAUAGUCAUGAUGUCAAGUGAUACAAAAAAGUGGGAUAAAAUAGUUAAAAUGUUUCAGAAAUGCGACAUAAAUCACAGUGGCUUCAUCGAGAGAGAAGAUUUGAUUCAUAAUUUUCCAGAUCUGAGCAUGCAAGAUAUUAAUGAUAUCUAUGACCAUAUUGAUAAAAAUAAAGAUGGAUUGAUUAGUUUAGCUGAAUUCGCGGUAGCAUAUAAAGAGAGAGAGGAUAUUUUAGGAGUUCAAACUGCGUAUAAAGAGACCGUUGAUCCAAAUGUUGACCAGACAUUAAUUCAUAAUACGAAAACAAAAGUAAAGAAAAACAAUAAAAUAUCUAAUGGUACCGAAUAUAGCAAAAGAUUUUCCAUGGUAAAUCCUGAACAUUAUUCUCCAAAUAUUAAAACAAAAAGCAGUUCCUUAAUUGAUACAUCUAUCUUCCCUUUUAGUGAUCGUUUGGAAGCAUUAAGAAAUAAGACAAAUAGAUUUCGCAUUCCUACAUUAGAUAAAUCUUUGAAAAUAAAUAAUUUGCAUAAUCGAGAUUGUAACGGUGAAUAUUACAACAGCGAAAUUUUGACUACCUCCGAUAAAGACACUUUUAUUACCAAAGAUUCAAAAGAAAGUCCUCGGAGUUUUACUUCAUCUUACAAAAAGUCAAAAUUCAGAAAUAUGAAACCUAAUCGAAUGAAAGCCAACAAAGAUAUUAUUGAAUCAGACAACAUCUCAGAUAAAUUAAAUGUAACCCCCUCAUCCUCUACAGAAGAUACUUCUUUGAUGGAAGAACAAGAAAAAACACAUAAACAGCGAUCGGCUAGAAGACCAUCUUUACAGGCCGGUAAUGAUCCCAAUCAAAUUGAUGAAUUAAGGACAAUCGAAGACCAAAAAAAAUUCUUUAUGGAUACUCUCAGCGAAAUACCAUGCGAGAGUGAAAUUUAUCGAUUAUACGAAAUAGUCUCUAACCCAGAAUUAUUCACAAAUGAUCCCUCUCAGGCAAUUAACUCAGAUACAUCACAUUCGGCAGAUAACUUGCGAUCAAGAUCAAAUUCUAUCUUAUCUCUUCCGUCCAUAAAUUCCGAAGCCAAACACUUAUUUGAAGAAAUCUUUUAUAAUAUAUUAACAGAUUAUAGAAAAAAAAAACAAGAAUUGAAUAAAUUUACGACUUUGUAUAAUGAAAAAAUGAAAGAAUGCGAAAAGUUAAAAGAUAUUAUUGAUGUUAAUUCCAAUCCGAGCCAUGAUAUGAAACAUAAAAAAAAUCCUAGGGCCAGAGAUCAUAAUGAUAAAGAUUGUAAUCUUCAAUUGAUACGAAAUCGAUUUACUAUGUCUGGAUUAGAACCUAAAUGUUCUGAGAUAAUAUCAUAUCUUAGACCCCAACACCUGCUAAUUCAAAAAGAAUUUUAUUCAGAUUCGAAUUUAUAUAAAAAAUUAGAACAUGAAUAUAAAAUAGGGGGGAAAAACCCUGAAAAAUCUGAUACAAAAUCUUAUAUUCGGAAUCACCAAGAAACCCAAACACCAAAUGGAGAAAUCGGUAAUUUAUCUUUAUCGAUGUGUUCUCCAUUAAAUGAAGCCUCAUUGGAUACGGCUUCCGACAGAAUUUUUAACGUUAUAUUGGCUGGAGAUGCAUCGGUAGGCAAAACAUCCAUACUAAUUCAGUUUUGCGAGAAUAGAUAUGAACCUGAUCUUCAGUCCACGCUUGGAAUUGAUUGUAUGACUAAAAGUGUAAUGUUUGAGAAACUUAAAGUUACGUUAAAAAUUUGGGACACCGUUGGACAAGAAAGAUUUCGUAGUCUUACUCAAUCUUAUUUUAGGAGAGCCGAUGGAAUAAUUUUAGUAUAUGAUAGUAGCAAUGAAUCAUCCUUAAUAAACAUACGUUAUUGGUUAACUUCUAUAAAAGAAUCAGCAAAUAAAAAAGAUGUAUCUAUCGUCAUAUGUUCAAACAAAUGUGAUAUAUCGCCGUCCAAUCAAUCAAUUUACACUUUGAAUUCGUUAGCAGUGGAUAUUGCAAAUGAAAACGAUGCAACAUUUUGGAGAACUAGUGCAAAAUCCGGGAAAAAUGUUGAAAAUGUUUUUAAAUCCCUAAUCAAGAUGAUGAUUGAACGAGAAGACAAUGAACUAUUCAAAUCUGCCACCUAUAAUUUAAAACGAAACAAUAAAGAUAUGCAUGUGAAAAAAUGUUGUGAAUAAAAUAUAUUAUUUUAAUCAUUUUGAGACAUGUCAGCAACAGAA